CGUUUUGGUUAGUUUCGUUAAAUGCAGUUCAGUGCUCCGAUAUUUUAUGCAGCUGCAUGAAUCAAUCUAGAUGAACUUUAGAAGGACAAAGAUUUAUGAUCUGUUGCUUUGGAAUUUCAGAGACAGGACGGACAUUUUUUGGACGCUAUUUCAAAGGGGGACCAAUCAGAAUCCCGACUGACAUACCGUGGCUUUUAUAUCAAGGCUAUAUCUUUCUCAUCACAAUCACACCCCUGCCAAUUAUAAACAAAGAUAUUGUACAUAUUUCAACCUCGUAAUCUACUUAGUUUUCUAACGAUGUGUAAUCGUGAUUAAAUAAAUAUAUUGUGAAACUGCGACAUUUUAUCAGAUUCGUAAUUUGUCAAGGAAACAGUCGUAAUUUCGACGCAAAAAUUAUUUAACCUCACAAUCAUGGAUGACGAUGAUCAUUAUCAAAGUGGAUACGAUGAUCAUUAUCAAAGUGGUUCUUUUCCUAAAGAUUUUGGAUACGCACCAUUUGAUGGGGAAACCGAAGGAUCUAUGGAUCCACUAGCAGGAGAACAAAAGCCUAGAAUACUUCUGAUGGGUCUAAGACGUAGUGGCAAGUCGUCAAUACAAAAGGUGGUUUUCCACAAGAUGUCACCAAACGAGACAUUAUUCUUAGAAAGUACAAAUAAAAUAAUUAAAGAUGACAUAAGUAACUCAAGCUUCGUACAAUUUCAAAUAUGGGAUUUUCCUGGACAAAUUGAUUUCUUUGACCCUACUUUUGACAGUGAUAUGAUAUUUGGUGGUUGCGGAGCAUUGGUGUUUGUAAUAGAUGCACAGGAUGAUUACAUGGAGGCACUUAAUAAGCUUCAUAUAACAGUUACAAAAGCAUACAAGGUUAAUCAAGCAAUCAAGUUUGAAGUUUUUAUCCAUAAGGUGGAUGGAUUAUCAGAUGACUGUAAAAUGGAAACACAAAGAGAUAUACAUACUAGAGCCAAUGAUGAUUUAGCAGAUGCUGGAUGUGAUCAGAUACAUUUAAGUUUUCAUUUGACUUCAAUAUAUGAUCAUAGUAUAUUUGAAGCAUUCAGUAAAGUUGUUCAAAAGUUAAUACCACAGCUGCCUACCUUAGAAAAUUUACUCAAUAUACUCAUAUCGAAUUCUGCAAUUGAGAAGGCAUUUCUAUUUGAUGUUGUCUCAAAAAUAUAUAUUGCAACAGACAGUUCACCUGUUGAUAUGCAAAGUUAUGAAUUAUGUUGCGAUAUGAUUGAUGUUGUUAUUGAUGUUUCUUGCAUAUAUGGAUUAAGAGAGGAUUUAGAAGCUGCUGCAUUUGACAACCAAAGUUCCAGUUUAAUCAAAUUAAAUAAUGGUACAAUCUUGUACUUGCGUGAAGUGAAUAAAUUUUUAGCUUUGGUCUGUAUCUUGCGAGAGGAUAAUUUUGAUAGACAAGGUGUGAUUGAUUACAACUUCCUUUGUUUUCGCAAGGCGAUACAACAAGUAUUCGAAUUACGAAACAAGGCGUUAGCUGCAACAAAUAUAAACAAUCACUCCUCUUCUCCUGUUAGUGUGAAUGAUACAUCAAAUGUUCCCACAGUAUCCCAAACUGGAACUAUUGGACAAAACGAGUCUUCCUUCCUAUAAUGUUACGAACUUGCAACGAUAUUUUUGAUCUCAUCAUGUAAGGCGUAGGAUGAAUUUAGAAUAACGAAUUGUUCCUCGUAUUGAUACCAGCGCAUAUAAGAAAAGAUUUGUUCAUAUUCAUUCAAGGACACUUCAACAGCUUUUCCAUAAAUUAACUUUGGAAUUGGCAGAGGGAUACCUGACGGUGGUAAACUCUGAUGCGCAAUUUCCGUUAAUAAGGUUCGACUAAGGUCAGUGAGAAGUUUAGUGAAUCUAUCGCUAUUCUCAAAUGGUUUAUUAUCAGUACAGACUGCAGAUGUUGGCAUCAACUUAUCUGGAAAGGAUGAGGUAGGAAAACAGGAUAUUUUUUGUGGAAGUUGAAAUACAUUGGAUACUAAUUAAUAUCAACAAUUAUGCAUAUACAUUUAGGAGUGUGCCAAAUAUAAUUUUUAUGCGAUUUUUAUUAAAAAA